AUGUCAGACGCUCCGACGACCUGGAACCGUCCCUUGAACCACGUGGCCGUCUCGGUCUCCGACAUUGAAGCCGUGGUGUCCUGGUACAGCACGCACCUGGGUUUCCGGCUGUUGGGGAAGAUCGCGCACAUCAAGCGGUCGUCGGACCCGGGCGCCGCCAUCUUCGCCAUCUACCCGGCCACCCUCAACGAGGUCAAGCUCGCGUACUUGGCGACCGGGAACGGCGUCGGGUUCGAGGUGUUUGAGUUUGUGGAUCCCAAACCGGUGGCGCCCGAGCAAGAGUUCCAAUACCAGCGCGGUGGCUUCUUCCACGUCUGUGUCACGGAUCCGGACCCCGAUGCUCUGGCGGACAGGGUCGUCAAGGCCGGCGGGAGGAGGAUCGGGCAGACGGUCGACCCCGGCAAUGUCGGUGUCAAGUGUCUCUACUUGGCGGAUCCGUGGGGGAAUGUCGUCGAGGUUCUUUCGGUGAGCUUUGAGUGGUUGGCCUGCCGGACGGCGUAUUAA